GGAGCGGGGCCGGUCAUGGCGGCACGGGGCCGCGAGAAGGAGCCGCCCGACCUGGUGCAUCAGAACCAGAUUUUCUGCGAGACCGUCCGGAAGGAGCUGCGGUGCCAGAAACUGCACACGGAGUACGGGGUCAACCCCCUCAAACGGGUUCACACGAUCACCAGGAAGCCGAUGUCUUGGCAUGAUAACAUAGAAGAGCCUGCGGAUGCCAAGUUUCUGAAUCUUAUUCACCAUGCUGCACUGGAGCCAACCAAGAAAUACACAGAGCCACAGACAGAGAGCCAGGAAAUUGGCUGGAAUACCACUCCCUUGAUUAGUGUGGACCGCACUGACCGCAGACUGUACUUCCCAUGCCGGAACAGUGAGAUCACCAAGUACAUGGCUGCCAUGUGGCGCCUGAAGGAGCAGAGUGAGAACAUGCAGUAGGGUGGUAGUAGCAACAUUGCUUUGCUAGGCAGAGUUGUAUGGUGUUGGGAGUUUCUAAACAACGUUGCCACCUCCUCAUUGCCAU